AUGCUAUCCGGGUGGAGCACUGCUGGGAGGUUAGCUUGUCCGUAUUGCAUGGACAAAUCAGAUGCCUUCACCCUAAAACAUAGUGGUAAGCAAUCGUGGUUUGACAAUCAUCGAAAGUUUUUGCUAGCGAAUCAUCCAUUUCGCAAGAAUAAGAUAGCGUUUUUCAAGAAUAAAGCGGUUACAACUGAGGCACCGCUUGUUCGGUCAGGAUAUGAUAUCCUUGCAGAGAUUGAGACUUUAGGCCUUAAGAAGGUCACUGAAUUGGAUGCUGCUGAAGUUAAUGCAUUAAUUUCCAAAACAUGCGAAAAAAAUGUGUUUGAUAAUGUGUUCAACACAGUUAUGGAUGUUACUGGAAAAACAAAGGACACAUAUAAAUCUAGAGAAGAGUUGAAUGAUUAUUGUCAGCGGCCAGAGCUGAAGCGAAACCUUGUGACUAGAAAGUUUCCAAAAGCUUGUUACACACUUGACAAACCGGCAAGGGAAGCAUUGUGUGAAUGGGUUAGGAAUCUCAAAUUUCCUGAUGGUUAUGCAUCUAAUAUGAGUCGAUGUGUAGAUAUGAAGAAGUUGAAGUUGUUUGGUAUGAAAAGUCACGAUUGUCAUGUGUUUAUGCAGAGGUUAAUACCAAUUGCAUUUCGUGAGUUGCUACCGCUAAAUGUUUGGAAAUUUCUUACAGAGUUGAGUUUAUUCUUUAAGAACCUUACUUCCACUACAAUUAGAGUUGAGGAAAUGACGAAACUCGAGAAUGAUAUACCUCUCAUUCUUUGUAAACUUGAACGUAUAUUUCCUCCUAGUUUCUUCGACUCCAUGGAACAUCUACCAAUCCACUUAGCUUACGAAGCAAGGAUUGCUGGUCCGGUUCAAUAUAGGUGGAUGUAUCCAUUUGAGAGGGUUUAUACUGAGGAGUUAAAGAGGAGUCAACCAAACAUUUCCAAUAGUACCAUCGAUGGUAAAUUGGAAAAUGAAUUUGCAAAUUGGUUCAAUGACUAUGCACAUGAUCCUUCAAACAAUAUUUCAAAUAAAUUUAUAAAGGAUCUUGCAAAAGGGCCACAAAGAUCUGUUAAUACCUAUUCAGGGUAUUAUGUGAAUGGCUUUAAAUUUCACACCAUUGGUUAUGGUGGAACUAAAGAAACAAUGAAUAGUGGAGUUUGCAUAAAAGGUAUAAACUAUAGUAUAGAUGAAAGUGAUUACUAUGGCCGAUUGGUAGAAGUUGUACAAGUUGAGUAUCCUAGCUUACCAGUCAAGAGGACAAUAUUAUUCAAGUGUGAGUGGUUUGACCCGACAACCGUGGGCAUGAAGGUUCAUUCCCAAUAUAAACUUGUUGAAGUUAAUCAUAAGCAUAGAUUCAAUCGCUAUGAACCAUUCGUUCUAGCAAUGCAAGCAGCUCAGGUUUAUUACUGUACAUAUCCAAGUUUGCGUCGCGACAAGCUUGACUGGUGGGCUGUGUGCAAAAUUAAAGCGAGAUCUGAAGUAGAAGUUCCUGAAUCAUCUAUAUCUUCUGAAGAAUCACUAAUACCUCCACCAUUUCAAGAGGAAAUUACCGACAAUCAUGAUCUCAUGCAAAUAGAUGAAGACCCAUCACAUUUAAAUGACCCAAAUGGUGGGGUGAUAGAACUUGAUGGCUAA